GCCUCGAGGGCGAGUUUAUGGCGGUUCUUUUGACUCCGCGGUUCCGUACCCUCGACAGCCAGAGCGAGCUUCCGGGCCCAGGGAGGAGCGGGCCGAGUUUCGUGAGCUCUAGAGGUGUCUUCUGCCUGAAAAGGAGGACAGGAUACUCUGGUCCUUUUCAAGCUAGUCAGCUAUGGGAUGGUAUUAUUCACUCCCUUCAGACUCAAGUGGAAAUAAAAAGAAGGAGGCAUCAUGUACGAACAUACAAAGACUGUUUUACUGGUUCUGAUGCUGUUGAUGUAGUAUUAAGUCAUCUUAUGCAAAAUAUGUACCUAAGUAGUAAUGAUAUCUCUCGUCUUAAAGGAGUUCAGCUUUGCCAAGUUCUAAUGAACCAUAAAAUAUUUGAACCUGUAGGAAUGAAGCUAUUCAAAAAUGAAAAGGAAUUGGAAUUUGAGGAUUCAAAUAAUAGUCUCUACAGGUUUCUAGGCAAUAAGUCAUCUAAUGUUUUUUGCAAAAGGAAAAAGGAUUCUGAGAGUGGGUCAACUGAUGAAAUAAAAGCACAGGAAUCUUUAAGACCAGAAGAUGAAAUGAUUUCAAAUCCUCUAGCAUUGGAGAUUGGUGAGGAAAGAAUUGAGGAACUUAUUGAUACAAUGAAUGGGAAUCUGGCUUUACCUCCAAACAACACAGCUGGCAAACCUGUUCUCCCACUUUCAAAAGAAGCUGUGGAAGAUGUUUGGAAACAACAAACAUUGUUACGUAUUCUUCAACUGAUUCACCUUCCAUUCUUGGAAAAUAUUUUGGAAACUCCAGCUAAAACACAAAAUAUUCAAUUAAGUAAAAAGGAAGAUCUCGUUAUCUCAAAUACUUGCCUGGACAGAGAGGUUAUUCCAAGCUUAUGUCUACCUGAGGUUGAUAACUGGCUUAACACAGCAAUUGAAUGCUUGGAAUAUUUUCCUGACCAGUUCAUAGUUACAGUUAGUAAGCUACAAAACAGAAAUGAAGAAGCAAGAUUGAAUAUACAGAAGAAGCUACUUUUUGAUGUCAUAGUAAAAUACUAUAAUCAACAAAGAGAUUGCUUAUUAACUGAUGAGUAUUUUGAUAUUCAUUCAGGAAUUAUUGAACUUUUAGAAAAUGAGAAAAGAACAGAAGCAGUUGAAGCAACACAACUAUACCUAAGAUUGUUACUGCCCAACAUUAGAGAAGAAUUACAAUGGCUACUUACUUUUAUGGUGAUUGCAUCAGAACCUAAUGCCUACAAGUUACAAAAACAGUAUGAUAACAAAACGGUGGUCCUGAAAACUCUUGCCAAAGCAGUUUUGCAAUCCAAAUCAUUAAAAGUACGGGCAGAACAACUAGUCUGGUUUCUACUGGAGUUCCACUCUGAGCUCUUCAAGACACCAAUUACUUUAUUGGAUCUGGUUAGUAAGAAACUUAAGCUUCUAUGUGGAGAAGAUCCAGAUGCCAUAUCAGAUGGAUUUGGAAGUACUUUUAUUAUGCACUUCCUUGUGUGCUAACAAGAUUUUUGAACAUAAAAACCAAAAAAUUGCUACUGCAGUUCCGAC